AUGACCUCAAUGGACAAAGUAUUUGCAGGCUAUGCCACCCGAACAGCCACUCUCAACGCAAGCAGCAACCCCUUCGCCAAGGGCAUCGCCUGGGUCGAAGGAGAACUCGUCCCUCUAUCCCAAGCCCGAAUCCCACUGAUGGACCAGGGCUUCUUACACAGCGAUCUCACCUACGACGUACCCGCUAUCUGGGACGGGCGAUUCUUCCGUCUAGACGACCAUCUUUCACGAUUAGAAGCCAGCUGUCAUAAACUCCGCAUGCAACUCCCUCUACGCAAAGAACAAAUCAACCGUAUUCUUGACGAGAUGGCUGCGAAGAGUGGUAUUAAAGAUGGAUUUGUCGAGUUGAUCAUUACCCGGGGACUUACCGGUGUGCGCGGUUCUCUUCCCGAACAACUUUCCAAUAAUACCUUGUACAUGUUUAUCCAGCCUUAUGUUUGGGUUAUGGAGCCCGACGUGCAACGUACCGGUGGUUCCGCUAUCAUCGCUCGUACAGUCAGAAGAACCCCCGUGGGAUCUAUGGACCCGACCGUCAAGAAUCUACAAUGGGGCGAUCUGACCAGAGGCUUGCUAGAGGCCUCCGAUCGAGGCGCUAUGUACCCAUUCUUGACAGACGGUGAUGGAAAUCUCACCGAGGGAUCGGGAUUUAAUAUCGUCCUUGUCAAGGACGGAGUACUAUUUACCCCCGAACGCGGGGUGCUGGAGGGAGUCACCCGCAAGGCUGUACUUGAAAUUGCGCGAGCUAAUGGGAUUGAUGCCCGUGUGGAGUUUGUGUCCGUGGAUAUGGCGUACCAUUGCGAUGAGAUCUUUAUGUGUACCACGGCGGGGGGAAUUAUGCCUAUUACCUCACUGGAUGGGAAGCCCGUUAAGGAUGGUCAGAUUGGCCCGAUUACGAAGAGGAUUUGGGAUGAGUAUUGGGCGAUGCAUUAUGAUUCGAGGUUUAGUUACGCUAUUAACUACGACCUGCGAAGCCAGGGGACUCCGAGAGAUCAGAAGCUCUAG